AUGGAUGAUUCAAUGAAUUCUGUUCAUAGUAUAUCAGCUAUGGAUAUUUCACCAGCAUCUAGUCCAAUAAGUACAAUAAAUCCAAUACCAUCGAAUCAUUUACUUUUAAAUGCAUUUCAACAACAACAAGAAUUACUUUCGAAUAUUUUAUUCAAUGGACCAAAUAUGAAUGAUUAUCGAUCAAUAAAUAAAAAUCCAAUGUCAAAUGAACAUGAACAUAAUGAUUCGAAAAGUCUUUGUCUAUUUUCAACAGUGUUAUCAGAUAGUAGUAGUGAAAUGAAAACACAAAAUAUUUCAGAUGAACCAAAUCAACUUCGACAGCGAAUUAUAAAAGAAUCGAUUCCAUCAGUUGUUAAUUCGAUAUCACCAAAAAAAAAAUCUGAAUCAAAUUCAUCUGGACGAUCAUUUACUACAAUUUUUCUUUCUAUUCCAAUUUUGCUAUUGAUUAUUUAUUUCAUUGUUCAACAUUCGAAUACAUCCAUUAUUCUACCACGUUCAACAAAUUGGCAAAAUGCAAGUGAAUAUUUAAUGAAAAAUCUUGUUGGACAAGAUCAAGGACUCGAACAAUUUAAAGAUGCCAUGAAAAAUCAUAAGAAUUUUACUGUCGUUAUUAUCGAAGGUCCAAUCGGUACUGGAAAAUCUUAUUUAGCUUCGUCACUUGAAAAAUUUUUACCAACAACUCUCAUAUCUACGAAUACACUUCUUGGUUUACCAUCACAUCAUUGGACUGAAUCUGAUCGUCUUUCAUCAUAUUUAUUAUCAUACUUAUCUCCGUCAAUAUUUCAAUUUUUAAUUAUUGAUGAUUUGGAUUUAUUACCAACAAAUGAAACAUAUUGUCAAACAUUAACUAAAGCUUUAUAUUCACUUAAUAAUAAUAAAAAUGUAUUUAUUAUUCUUCUACAAACAGGUUCCAUGUUAGAUAUAUGUAAACAAAAUUUAGAAAAUAUAAUUACAAAAUUUAUUCAAUUUAAUAUGUUACAACGUCAUCAUAUUCGAACAUGUAUUCAAAAUGAAGCUUAUGUACAAAAUGUUCAACCCCCAUUUGAUAAUCAACAAAUUGAAAAUAUUCUUAAUUCUCUCAAAUAUAUUAAUGAACAAGAAAUAUUCAAUAGUACAACGGGUUGCAAACAAAUACCAUCACUUGUUAUGUUAGAAUCCAAAAAGCAUCGCAUUGAUAAUUAG